UUGAGAAUUGAAGAUAAGCACUAGCCAUUGCGCUCAGUUCGUAUAAUUGCGGAACAUAGCACCUAUCUAAACUCCUAAACUAUGUCUUUGAAACAGGCCGUCGCCAAAAAAUUGAUGGAUGAAAUAAUUAUCCCCUUGAGAAAGCCUAAAGAUUGGAAAGUUCUCGUUCUGGACCGAUUAGCCACUAGAAUUGUAUCUUCGUGUUGUAAGAUGCAUGAGAUAAUGAAUAACGGCAUAACAUUGGUUGAAGACAUUUUUAAGAAAAGGGAAGUGCUGCCGAUUGAGGCAAUAUACUUGAUCACUCCUACAGAUGAAUCUUUAAAACUUCUAAUGGAGGAUUUUCAAGGGUCCCAGAGUCAAUAUCGUUAUGCCCACGUCUUCUUCACCGAAGCUUGCCCAGAUGAGCUGUUCAACCGGCUUUGCCAGUCGAAUUCCGCCAUAUUUUUAAAAACGCUUAAAGAAAUCAACAUAGCUUUUCUACCGGUUGAAUCUCGAGUCUUUUCGUUGGAUUCACCCAUGAGCUUUCAAUAUUACUUCAAUCCAGUAGCCAGACAACAGGGUUCGGGACAACAACUUGAGCGAAUCGCUGAACAGAUUGCAACGUUGUGUGCCACAUUAGGUGAAUAUCCCGUUAUUCGUUACCGCACUCAGUUUGAAAGGAACGCCGAGUUCGCACAGUUAGUUCAACAAAAAUUGGAUGCAUACAAAGCGGACGAUCCUCAAAUGGGCGAGGGUCCACAAAAAGAAAGAAGUCAAUUGAUUUUACUUGACCGGGGAUUCGAUCCUAUCUCACCUAUUUUACAUGAACUCACUUUCCAAGCCAUGGCUUACGAUUUACUGGCAAUUGAAAAUGAUGUUUACCGUUACAUCAACACAUCAGGUCCUGAGGAACGUGUUAAAGAAAUUAUCUUGGAUGAAACUGAUGAGCUUUGGUGUGAACUUCGUCAUCAACACAUAGCAGUCGUUUCACAACAGGUUACUAGCAAAUUGAAAAAGUUCGCUGAAGAUAAACGUAUGGUUAACGCAGGCGAUAAAACUACAAUGCGUGAUUUAAGUCAAAUGUUAAAAAAAAUGCCUCAAUAUCAAAAAGAGUUAUCCAUGUAUUCAACACAUUUUCAUUUAGCUGAGGAUUGUAUGCAAACUUAUCAAAAUCAUGCUAAUAAACUAUGUAAAGUCGAACAAGAUUUAGCCAUGGGUACUGAUGCAGAAGGUGAACGAGUCAAAGAUCAUAUGCGUACAAUGGUUCCUAUUUUAAUUGAUCAGUCAGUUUCAGCAUAUGAUAAACUUCGUGUGAUUCUUUUGUAUGUUAUACAACGGGGCGGUAUAAAUGAAGAAAAUUUAGCUAAAUUAGUUCAACAUGCUCAAAUCCCCUCAUCACAGGCGUGUAUUGUGCGUAAUUUGAUGCAUUUAGGAGUUCCUGCUAUCCAGGAUGCUUCAGGAGCUGGUAUAGGGAGGCGUAAACUUCCUCAGCCUUAUUUGCCUGCUAAUCGACGUCAACGGGAGGAUGGUCCACGAUAUCAAAUGUCUCGAUGGACACCUUAUAUCAAAGAUCUUAUGGAGGUAAGUAAUCUGACUAAUAAUUCAAAUACUGUUUUGCUUCAUUAACGAUUAAUGUGAUAUGCUAAAACGAUUCGUUGUUGAGCGAGGGCUGUACACACACUUCUUAUAAUGCUGAUAUGGGAAAAAGAUAAGUGAAAUCAUGAAAAUGUUAAUUAAGGAAAAGGAAUUUUAAUGAGUAUCAUAGGUGAAUGUUUUAUGUUAUUCAAUGUACUUAGGAUAGUGGUAUAAUACAGAAAUUUUGUCGAUUUAAUAUUUUCGAUGUGGCAAAAAUAGUUCAAGAGGAUUUUCAAUAGUGAUUAAAUUAUCUGAAUGAAUAAUAAAAUUAUUAUCCUUAGCGUUAACACAAUGUACAAUACCAUUGAGAAACAAUCAUAAAAAUACCUAUGUGCUGUACAACAUUGAUCAACUAUGUUAUUGUUCGUAUAACAUCUGACUGUUUGAUUCAAAGAAAAAUGUUUUACAAUUUCAUUGUUGCUUUAAUUAUAAAUUGUUUGUUCUAUUUUACAAUGAGAAUGAGAAUCGUUUAAGACGAGUGUGUCGAGAAUAAAAGUCAGUUAUAUAUUCUUGUUUAAAUGUGAUUGAAGGUAAGUCCGCUUUUAUUAUCUCAGCUGAUUAACUAAGUAUAAAUGCAAUAACUCAAAGACUAUUCGUUAACUCGGAAAUCGAUUGAUUUUUUUCGUUCCAUCCAUAGAUGAAAAUUUUUGGAGAUAUUUAGUCAAGAGAGAGAGAAGUUUUGGAAACUAAGAUUUAAAAAUUAUGAACAUGGUAACAGUGUAGAUUAUUUCAUGAUGCUGCUGAAGAUAAAUUGGAUCCGAAAUUAUUUCAGUACUUUGGUGGUGGCCCUGUUCGUGGUCCUGGAACGCGUACAGGAAAUGCACCAAUGUCUGCAAGAUAUGGAAUGUGGCAUCGGGAUAAAAGUCAACAACCACGUUCUGGACCUAGACUAAUAUUCUUUGUAAUCGGUGGAAUAUCCUAUUCAGAAAUCCGUUGUGCAUAUGAAUUAAUGAAUACUGCGCUAGGUAAACAAUGGGAUAUUAUCGUUGGUGGUACCCAUAUACUCGUGCCGGAAGCAUUCUUAAAGGAUUUGGAGAAACUGUCUUAUCCACCAGGGACAGCGCCUCCAUCGGUUAGCAGUGGGACAUCAGUUAUUGUAGGUGCUGGUGGGGAACCAGUGUGAAAUCAGUAUACCCCAUGAAUGAUUUAUAUUUCAAUAUGUAAUUCACAAGAGAUUGCAAGAGAUUUCCACUGAAUAACAACUUUAUUUACUUCUAUUGAUUUAUCUUUCGUCGCACACUUCUUCGUUAGUCAAUAUCAUUUCAUUGAUGCUGAUGAUUAUAAUUGUUACUAUUAAUAUUACUAUUAUUGCCAACAAGAACUUCAUUUGUGUUUAACACUUCACCUAAUCACUCACAACAUUCCUCAUACGCUCAACUCUUGAGCGUAUUUUCUUGUUCUCUAUCGACGUUUUUCCUCAUUUCCUUCCUCAUACACACAUACGCAAUCCCCUACAGAUCAUUGAUUUAAUGUCAGCAGAAAACAUGACCAGCUUUCUUUAUCUACGUUUAUUUAAUUAUUUAUUGGUUUUUUCAUGUUGUUUUUGAUAUUUGCUUAUUUAUUACUUCCUCCAAUUUUCUAUAUCAUAUAUAUAUACAUAGUUAUUAAAUUAGUAUUGUUCAUAGAAUUUUUGUGUCAAUACUACGUGCAUUUGUCAGUG